AUGCCAUUUAGCAUGAUACAGAAUGCUAGAGAAAAGCCAACACAAUCACAAUCAAUACAAAUAAUAGUAGCAACACCAAGCACAGAAUCAACAAAUAAUAAUCAGACCUUAAUUACAUUAUUAGAAAUACUAGGAACAAUACUAGCAAUAUUAACCGCAAUUGUAACAAUACUUACAAUUUGUUAUAGAAAACAAAGAUGCCAAAAACAACAAUAUAAACAACAAUUAGACUUACCACCUGUUGGAAUACAAACUGCUCAAGGAUUACCAAUAAUAUCUUUCAACAACCAAUUGCAUCCUUAUCAGAAACUAACCUAA